GACUUCCCUUUCCAAUCCGUCAGAUUGGAGACCACGUGCCUCGUAGGUGUCGGGAGGCUCAAGACCAAAGGCAGCACUGUCUGAGAACACCACGGAGUGCUGUUGACACAGUUCUGCAGCGCCGAGGAUACAUAGGACCUCCGUACGUGUGCACUGGUGCCCCUCAUCCUCGCGGAUAUGUUUGAAGACGCCAAGCGGAUGCCUGAAACCUUGGAUGAUGAUACAACUAUUUAUUUUACGGAGAUCUAAACAAGAAGUUGAAAAGCAACUGACUAAGAAAUACGAACACGUAUUAAAAUGCCGUGUUUCUAAUCGUCAGAAGGCCUUAUACGAAGAUGUUAUACUCCAGCCACGAACUCAGGAAGCUCUGAAAAGCGGACAGUUUGUCAGCGUCCUUCACGUUCUGAUGAAAUUGCAGAGAAUCUGUAACCAUCCUGAUCUCGUCAGUCCCAGACUGUCGGGAUCUUCCUACGUGUCUGAGGCCCUGGAAUUCAGAACCGCUUCCCGCAUCCUCCAGGCCCUGGAGCACGGAGCGUGGAAGGAAGCGUCCUGCAGAUCCUGUCGGCCCCCGGCCAGCCGUGCCUGUGGCCCCCGGGCCCCGUCGCCGUGCAGAGCAUGUCGCAGCCGGUCCUGCUCCCCUGCGCUUUCGGAAACCCCCCAGCACUCGCUGCGCCAGGAGUCGCUGGAGGAGAGGAGAAGGCUUUCAAAGGAGCGUUUGGAUAGAAUGUUUUCUGGUGACGAGCGUCGCUGUUCCACAGCUCCAGCGUACGGCCAAGACUUACUGGGAAAUUGCUCGUUUUUUGGGGAAAGGAAGGUCCCCCCACAUCACUUCUCUGGAGGGUUCUCCGCGUGCUGCCGGCCGUGGUCGCCGCCCCCCCCCAGCCUGUACGCCGCCAACCCUCCACCAUCCUACAGCCACAAGAUGAGGGUCUUUGGGCACAAUCUCAGGGAGGAGCUGGCCCCGUACCUGCAGCAGAUCUCGGCCCCACACCUGCUGCAGUUCCCCGACCUCCGGCUGGUUCAGUACGACUCAGGCAAGUUGGAAGCACUGGCUGUCUUGUUGCAGAAACCGAAGUCUGAAGGCCGGAUCAAUGACUAUGCCAACUACGAACAGCGUCAGGUAAGCUGCUCGGCGGGCGUCAGCCUCGUGGAGGCGGACACCGUGGUGUUCUACGACAGCGACCUGAACCCCGUGGUGGACGCGAAGGCCCAGGAAUGGUGCGAUAGGAUUGGGAGGUGCAAGGACGUCCACGUGUACAGGUUGCAGCUGCUCUGUGUUUAUAUUUGUACCGAACAUUCGACCUAG